AUGAGCGCUCCCCCGGCGCCUCCUCCCCGCGCGAAUAUGGGCACAGCCGUGUCCAAAAGGAAGACGCUGAGGAACGAGGCCAUGUCGUCGGUAGCGGCCAAAGUGAGAGCUGCAAGGGCUUUCGGAGAAUAUCUUUCCCAAAACCAUCCUGAAGGUAGAAACGGUUCAGAUCACCUGUUGGCAGAGUCCUACCUGGGCCAGGAGGACUCCCCGGAGAUGCAACAGGCGGCUCAGAACAAGCGCAGGCUGUCCGUCAUCUCGGACGGCAAGUUUGAGAGGAGCUUCUCUGAGGAGCAGGGGGAGAAGCUGCCAAGUGAGGGACCGAAGCCACGAGUCUACACCAUCUCUGGCGAGAGGCCCAUGCUGUCAGACCAUGAGAAUGAAAGUAUGGAACUGGUGGUGAUGAAGGGAGCUGCCCAAGAGGAGUGUCAGCACGGCCAGCCGGGGCACGGCGCCGCGGGCUCUCACGGCGUCGGCAAACACUGCAAGGGCUGGCCGGGCAGCAGGCAGGGCUCCAAGGACUGUCCCAACUGCACCCGCCUGGCUGCCCCUUCCCAGCAUUCCUUUGACCUGGAGCAGCAUCAGUCUGGUGAGACUGGGUGGCACAGAAAAAGGCUGGAGAGGAUGUAUAGUGUCGAUCGAGUGUCUGAUGAUGUUCCCAUACGAACUUGGUUCCCAAAAGAGAACCUCUUCAAUUUUCAAACUGCUACUACAACUAUGCAAGCGAACUUUCGGAAGCACCUCCGCAUGGUGGGGAGCCGAAGGGUUAAAGCACAAACCUUUGCCGAACGGCGUGAGAGGAGCUUCAGCAGGUCCUGGAGUGACCCGACUCCCAUCAAAGCUGAUCCCUUCCAUGACUCUCGAGAAAGCCAUGACCUUCAGGAUUCCUGUGGCACUUUGGAUGGCAACUUUGACUUGAACUGGGAAGCAGAAAAGGAACUUGAAGCCAUGGCAUGUGAUGGAGAAGACUUCAUUCCACCAAAAAUAAUGCUCAUUUCUUCCAAGGUGCCCAAAGCAGAGUAUGUCCCAACAAUUAUCCGCAGGGACGACCCCUCUAUCAUCCCCAUUCUCUACGACCAUGAACAUGCCACCUUUGAUGACAUCCUAGAGGAAAUAGAGAAGAAGCUUAACAUCUACCGAAAAGGCUGCAAGAUCUGGAAGAUGCUGAUAUUUUGCCAGGGGGGCCCUGGUCACUUGUACUUGUUAAAGAACAAAGUCGCCACUUUUGCCAAAGUGGAGAAGGAGGAAGAUCUGAUCCUCUUCUGGAAGAGGUUGAGCCGGCUGAUGAGCAAAGUCAAUCCUGAACCAAAUAUCAUCCACAUCAUGGGCUGCUAUGUUCUUGGAAACCCCAAUGGGGAGAAGCUAUUUCAGAAUCUGAAAAACUUAAUGAAUCCUUAUAGGGUUGCCUUUGAGUCUCCACUUGAACUAUCAGCUCAAGGUAAGCAAAUGAUCGAGACUUACUUUGACUUUCGCCUUUACCGCCUCUGGAAGACCCGCCAGCACUCCAAGCUCUUGGAUUACGAUGACAUUUUAUGAGCUGGGGCAGGCUUUGCAAGAGGAAAGUCCAUCACCAGUGGCCAACGAGGCGUGCUCAGCGCUCAGAGACUUCUUUAUUGGCACGGGGAGCCCUCGGAAGCCCCGAAGGAGGCUGAAGGGAGGGAAGAAGGAGCCCUCAAGAAGUGUGUGCAGAGGAAAGUCUCCUGGGUGAAGAAGGACUGGAGGGAAAGGGUUUGACACCUCAGUCGCCUCAGGUCAGAGCCGUGGUGUGUCGGGAGGAGCCGUGUGAAGGGAGCACGGGACGGAGUUCCUUGCAGAACUGAGCUGUUUUGGGUCAGAAUGGGCCAGAUUUGAUUCCAGGUCCUUUUAAAGACUUUCAAAGCUCAGGUUUUCUUACAAAAAUAAAGAAUAACAACCCCCCCCCAUGACUCACCCAUGCACUACACUGAAGAAGCGCCCAGAGCACAGAGAGGCUUGUACUGAUGGGACCUCCUGUGCCUGGGGAUCAGAGCAAGGACUGCUCCAGCCACUCCUGCAAGCUUGGAACUGCACAGUCCAGUUCCAGUGUGAAUAUCUCCUGGAAUAUAGAACUGGAAUCUUCUUUUUGGUUUGUUUCAUAGAAAAAGAAGUGCAAUUUUUCUAGAGAGAGGGGUCAAACCCCUCCCAGCAUUUACUUAGUUCCAGCUAACACACCAGUAACCAAUAGAAUGAAGAGUCUUUUUGGGUCUGCUUGAAAAUAUAUUCAGAAUGGUAAUAUAUCUUCUGUAGACAUAUUUAAUCACCAGCAAACAUGGUUUUAAGGUAACUUAGCAGACCCUGCAUGUCUGCUGCAUUGACUAACCCGGUUUGGUUUGUUCCUUUCAGAGUAGCUGUGUUGCACUGACUGUACUGUGCUCUCACCCCUGUGUGUUUCUGCUCCACUUAGACACAACUUUGUUACUUUCUCCUUUUGCUGCUUGCAAAACUAAGGGACUUUAGUUUUGCUGAGGUACUUUAGGUUAGAAAUACAGCCCUUCCCCCCCUUCCCUUGGCUGUGGUAGGAAACACCAGUUAGAAAUGAAUAGCCAAGAAUUACUCGUUCCUGGCGGCGUUUUGCUGCGUGUCCCAGAUGAGUUGCUCUCAUCUCAUCAGCCCCCCUCCAAGGAGCUCUGCUGGAGGAGGACAGCACGGGUGUGUAGCCUGGGUUGGAAUCUUCCCUACCUUCCCUUGCUUACUUGUGCAUAAACCACCUCUUUCCCCAAGGCUAACAGACCCUGUUGGUCUGAGCUGCUCACAACCCUCCCUGUGUCAGGCACCAAACCCACAGCAGCUGUGGUUUGACAACCCACCGUUGUACUUGGGAUUUGAGGAGGUGUCCUGGAGCACAGGGACUGGUUGGUUUUAGGUCAGGGAGGGGGGUGCUUUUUGUUUUGGGAAGGGGUGUUGUUUUCAUCCUCCACCCUCCUGCUCAGAGGACAAAUAGCUCUUUACCUUGGUCCCUCUGGCAGUGCUGGGGGGGGAUAUGACUUGUUUCUUCUGUAAGGAAAAUGUACUGGAGAGUAACUGGGAAGGGUUUGCCUUGGUUUCCUGAUUUCCUGGAGUCUAAAAUGAGUUGAUUGUGAAGGGAAAACACAUGUACAAAUGUUCUGGAGUCGUUGUGCUGUGUGGAGUGCUCCUUGCCCUGUGACAGAACUGCCCUCAGCUGCUGAACCCUGUACAUUGGCAGCAGCCUGGGAGUGAAGCCUUGGAAGAAAUGAUGUACAUAGAGGUCAGUGAUGUACAUUCCUCUCAGUGAGGAGAGGAAUGGGUGGAAAAGAGAGGGUUUGAAGCCAUGGAAAGCAACGUGUUGAAACAAACAGGCAGGGGCCAGGGGUUUGCUGGCAACAUCCCACCCUGGGCUGGGCUCUUCUCCCCUUGGCUCGUGAUUUCCAGGCUCAAAGUGAAGGGAAUAACAGACUUGUGGCUUUUGGGAGAAAAUGGCAGAUAGGAGAAAGAAAACCAAAGGUAGGGCAGUCCUCUGGGAUUUCAUGUGGUGGCUUCCAGCAGCUGUGUUCGUGAGAGGCUGGAGCUGGGUGUGUGAUGAGAACGUUGUGUUGUCUGGGGAGGGAAAAGGUGGUGGCAGGAUUGAAAUGCUGACACAAAACUCUCUCCCUUUGUGACCCUUGAACCUCCCAUGGCUGUGCCCUGAGCUGGAGGGACACAAGCUGGUCCCCCUUUCCCUUUUCUGAAGUAAACCCCCAAUGCAGUGAACUUGGUAGCAUGAAUGUAGCAUUGUGGAACUGUUGAACACCUUCUUUAAGCCCAGAAGGGCCCCUUUGUGCAUCACUGCAGCGACUGUAGGACUCCCCUGUAUCUAUCCUCGGUGUCCCCUUGUAGAACUGGGGCUGCCAAGUGGAAAGGUGUGGUGUCCAGUGUGUAACUGGUGUGGGAAGAGGUCUGUUGGGUGGGCACUGGGGCUGUUUGAUGUAGUAUGGUGCAAUGGCAAACACGUUUCUCUCUUUCCCAAAGAUUCCUCAGAGUUUGUGGUGUUGAUGACAUGAGCAGAUUCUCUCCUCUGUAGCCUUCCUUUGACUAAAGAGAUGAUGCACUCUCAAAGCUGUGGGUGGGAGGACAAUGUGUUGUGGUGCUUGAAGCCCUUGGUGCAGGUGGCUUUGUGUGAGUGACACAUUUCCCAGGGAGGGAAACGAAUCCCUUCCCCCUCAUGAACUGGUUGGAUUUUCCACGUGGCUGCUGAGAAGGGAAGGGAUGGCUGCAGACAAAAAGGGGUAAUUGUUUACACUUUAGAGUUAAAAAUAGAGCCUGGAACUUCCCCAUUUGAAGCAGGCUGUGAAGGACGAGCUCUGGGUGUGCAGCACAGGCACAGCCACACUGUCCCCUCUGCAGAGGCCCAGCGUCCUCUUCUCCUGAGUGUCUGUCCCUGGUGUGUGCCCAUCCCUGAGUGCCUGUCCCUGGUGUGAAUCCACCCCUGAGUGCCUGUCCCUGGUGUGUGCCCACCCCUGAGUGCCUGUCCCUAGUAUGUGUGCCCACCCCUGAGUGCCUGUCCCUGCUGUGUGCCCACCCCUGAGUGUCUGUCACUGCUGUGUGCCCACCCCUGAGUGCCUGUCCCUGGUGUGUGCCCACCCCUGAGUGCCUGUCCCUGGUGUGUGCCCACCCCUGAGUGUCUGUCACUGCUGUGUGCCCACCCCUGAGUGCCUGUCCCUGGUGUGUGCCCACCCCUGAGUGCCUGUCCCUGG